AGCAGACACUUCUUAAAAGUCCGAGCUCUAUCCGAUUUAUUACAAAGAAAAGGAAACCAACUAAUUAAGAAAAUGCAGUCUGCUUUCGCUAGUUUUUUAUUCUUUUCCUUGGUUUUCUGUGCGUCAGCUCAGUACCAGUUAGAUCCUGAACACUAUUACAAGGAUAAUGUCCAACAAAGAGAAAAUCCGCAUCCUUCCUUUGACGUCGAGAAGGUUGAUGAACGUUUUAUCAAAACCGUGUCGCUGACUCUGUCAACGACCACCAUCACCUCGACUACUACUGCGAUAUCCACAUGCACCACUUCCACUGCUGGCCUUUCCGUCUGCACCGCUUCCGGCCGCCGUCGUCGUGGUCUUAACUUGAGCGGAAACAAGGAAGGUCGUGGGCUCUUCUACAAUGAGAACGAGGAACUGGCCGAAGAAGGCAGCAUCUUUUUGCCAUCACCUGCCAAGGAGGAAACUGAGCCUGUGAAAUCAGAAGUUGAGCCUAGCCGAGAAGUCCGCAAGGAAACAGCCCCGAUCCCUUUUGUUGUCCAGCCUGGAUUCAACGCCCCUGCCGGCCAGGGUCGCGUUUUGCUGUACUUUGGAACCUCAACAACGACCACCACUGUUACGACAACUACCACCUCCUCAUUGACUGCAGCUUGUCGUAGCACCACCGGAUACCAGGUGUGCGGAUCCAACGGCAAAUAAAUACUAUAGGUUGAUCUGCUUGCAGAAUCUUGCAUUAUUGCAUUAUCCCAACCCAAACGACAUCCGAUUUUUUCUUCCAGCCUUCAAACUUUGAAUUUAAAUUAUGGAUUAUUUAUCCUGAAAAAAAUGACUUGUUCAAACCAUUUAUAUUGUAUAGUAAGUAGUCAUUUCCUUGAUCGUUCGUUUUGGUACCCCUGCGUUAUAGCCAGAAAAUUCAAACCUGAAUACACUUAAGUUUUAACGCCUAA